UAGAAUUUGUUCGUACAUUCCAAUUGGUGGAAUUUAUUGAAAAAGGUCCUAAAAAGGUGAGACGUGUGGACUGUGUUCCAACCAAAUGGAUACGCUAUAACAGCAUUAAAAAAAAAUAUGUCUCAAAGUUAAUGCCUCCACCGUACGACACCGAUGAAACUAAUGCAAUUUUACAUAAAUUGGUUGAAUGCGAGUUGGACGCACCAGAUCAUUGGCCGGAGUACACUAUAAAGCUUGUUGGUGAUGGACAAACUUAUUAUGAAGCAGUUAACAUGUUAAAGAAGUUAAAUACCCAAGAGUAUAUGUACAGCAGUGGAUCCGAAAUUCAUUCAAAGGAUAAAGCUGCUGCUGUCGCCAAGGAAAUAAGAGCCAGAAAAAGCCUUCCGAACCUAAAAUCGAUUUUGGCUGUACCAACCCUUAAGAAAAAUUUCGAGCCAUGCAAGAAAAUUUUACAAACAUCUACUGAAGGCAACAGUGUUGAUCCAUUAUUUUUAAAUGAAGAGUUUGACACCGAUAACGAUUCUGUUGAUGCCUUUCAAGACAGCGCAUCCUUGCUCGAGGUUACCAAAAAACCAGAACUGGCAAAGUCUAGAGACAAAGAAGAACAGUUAUCUAUAGCAGGCAGCAUUGAUGAUUAUAAGAGAAAGAGGCAAUCUAGCACUGGAGAAAGUUCAACUGACUUUGAUUCGAUUCAUAACUCGUUCGAAGUGAACGACAAUAAAAUCCAGUCAAAAAUGAAGGAAAAGGGAGGCAUCAAAGGUUUUCCAGCAAAAAAUCGACCAAAAAUGAAAUUAGUAGCCGAAAAUAAAUCUUCGGAUAACGCUGAUAAAAAAUACUUGCUGAUAAGGGAAAUUAGGGGUUUGAGGGCUGAAAUUAGAGAAUUACAGGCUAAUCAAGUCUCUCUGAUGAAUAUGUUCGAGGCUGUCUCCUGUACAAACUACGUCCCAAAGAAAUCAUUUGCAGAAGAAUACAGUUUGACAUUGCCAUUUAAUACAUUGCAGGAAUUUGCAGACUUUGACAAUCGAUUAGCAACGGAUGAAAAGUGUUGCAAAGAAUUCAAAGGUUCACUGGCGUUAUCUUUUGAUAAAAAAAUCAUGCACAAGACAGUUAACAAAAUUUUUAAGAAAUAUUUCUCCAAAAAUGUAAGCAGCCAGUUCACAGCUGUAAAAAGAGUCGCAACAAAACUAGUUUUUAAAGAAUACCACAUGUGCAAAUGUAUUAUCGAGAAAUAUAAAUGUUCAGAGGAGGAAGUUAUUUCUGACAUCAGCACUGUUUUGAGUAAUGUUAAGGACUGGGACGGAGGCAGAAAACUCAGACUAAGCGCAACACUAGCAUCGAACUGAGUGAAAUUAUCGCAUAUCCAGUUCUCGUUUA